UCCUUCACUCCAGCGCAAAAAAGGUCAUCAUGAAACUUAUUAAGAAACUGGAUCUGCGGUUGACUGCGAUUCACUUGAUAAAUUCACACCUAUGUAGUGAUCCCGGGAAAUAUGUUAGAGCAUUGCUCCUCUCGUUGUCAACAAUGUUGCAUAUGGAAUUGCCACAUGUCAAUGUCUUGUCCAAGAUUGAUCUUAUUGAGAGCUAUGGAAAACUAGCCUUUAAUCUUGAUUUUUACACCGAUGUGGAAGAUUUAUCGUAUCUACAGCACCAUCUUGAUCAAGAUCCACGAUCUUCCAAGUAUAGGAAACUCACCAAGGAACUGUGUGAAGUAAUUGAAGAUUUUGGUUUGGUGAACUUCAGUACAUUGGCUAUUCAGGAUAAGGAGAGUGUUUCAAAUCUCGGGAAAUUAAUAGACAAAACAAAUGGCUAUAUAUUUCAAGGCAUUGAUGCUACUGCAGUUGGGUUCAGCAAGAUUGCUAUUGCACCAACAGAUUGGGAGUACCACAAAUAUCCUUUUAUAUUUUUACAUUCUGAUUCUCUGCUAAAUCUUUUUAGCUCCGCAUAA